AUGAAAUCCAAGAAGAUUCUCAUCAUCCUCAGCGACGCGAAUUCAUUCCCCAUCAAAAAGACCAGUGGCCCCAAAAGCGGCCAAACAGUCGCACAACCCUCCGGCUUCUUCCUCCAGGAACUAGCAAAACCCCUGCAAAAGCUACUAGACGCCGGCCACGAAGUCACCUUCGCCUCGCCCAAAGGCCGCGAACCAACAGCAGAUCCAAAUAGCGAAACUCUCCUCGCAUACGCAGGCAACUUCUACGAGCGACGCCGCGAACAAGAACUCAUCGAGAGAAUGAAGAAAGAGAAUGGAUUUAGCAGUCCCCGUCCAUUCAGCUCUAUCUCCGACGAGGAACUGGCUACCUUUGCCGGGGUCUUUAUCCCAGGUGGCCAUGCACCUCUGCAAGAUUUGGGCGGGGAUGCAGAGCUUGGUCGGAUACUGCGAUAUUUUAAUCGGGAGAAUAAGCCUACUGCGGCUAUUUGUCAUGGACCGUAUGCGUUGUUGAGCACAAAGCAUGCGGGUGAUGGUUCGUUUGUGUAUUCUGGGUAUAAGAUUACUUCUUGGAGUGAUGCGGAAGAGAAGGUGGUGGAGACACUGCUCGGUGGUGAGAUUGAGAAGGUUGAAUCGGCGUUGAGAAAUGAAGGUGCUGUGAUGAUGGAGGGUGCUUCUGAGAAGGUUGGUGGGACGAUGCUGCAUCGUGAGUUGCUUACUGGGGGAAUCCUUUGGCUGCGAAUUCUUUGGGCGAUCGAUUUUUGA